UUUGCAGCUUUUCCCACAGUUGGUCAAAUUGUGACACAGAGUUGUUUGGUUAACCAAAGCUAACAAAGUAAUUGAGUUAACAGAUUGUAUGAGCAGACACGAACUCACGAUACCCCGCGGCUACCGAAUGAAACAACUGAAACGUCUGCGCCUGCGCACUCAAAACAGAAUAUCGAGCCGCCCUUCCUCCCCGCCAACUUGCACCGCAGGGUCGGGCAGACGUCGACUCACAACAACCCCGAGUUGGUUUGCUCCUCUGGCUGACUACUUUCCGAGUUAAAAUGGAGAGCCCGCCUCGCACCGAAAACGAUCACCCUCUUCUGCUGCCGUCCCUGCGUCUCUUCAUACCUCCACUGCGCCUGGUGUCUGCAGCCAUGUGGCAGGUCGUCCAGAGAGGAAAUGUGCAGGACUAUGGGAUGGUGGAGGAGUUCAUCAGCACCGUUACAGAAGUUGUUCCUGAACUACUGAACGCAGAUCAGAAAGCUCAGCUCCUCCUGGGACUCAGAGCACGGGUGGUUCUUGAAUUGUGUCAAGCUGAGCAGGUAACAGACACAGAAACCAUUGAGAUGCACCUGGAACGGAUCAAAGCCCUCGUAUCCACUUGGGCAGCGCAGCCAUGUUUUGCAGAAGUUGAGUUUCCAGAAUCAAACUUUGUGGAUCAAAUUGAAUUAUUGCUGAAAGACCCUGAAGAGAAGGAGAAGUUUUUCCAGGAUGUUUUCCCAACAGAUUUUGGACCUGAAUACGACAGUGCUCUGCAGGUGCUAAUGCUGGAUUUCCUGUCCAGACUGGAGAAGCUCCUUCCAGUACCAGACAUCCAGCAGACUGCGUCCAUGCUCUGUGCUGUCCCAUCUGCCCUAGAGGAGUGUGUGCACUCCGUUCCUGACCCACAGCACCUGAAAACCGUUCUCCUGUACCACACGUCUCUUGGACAUUUUGAUUUAUCUGAUGAAACUCAGAGCAUUCCAUCUUCUUUUGGGAACUGCAUCCUUUCUUCGUUGUCUCUCCCUCAGCUGGAGAAGGUCGUAAUCGAUGCAGACCAAAUACAUUUACAGCCUCCGUCAGAUCAGAUGCCGGGUUGUAUGACUGUCCAGGUGGAGGGUGAAACUGUGACUCUGCUGGACUAUAUACAGAUCGAACAGCCGCCAGGUUUGGUUGAGCCUGAUGAUCAGGACGAAAAUGAGGUGAAUGAGGAGGAAACUGCUGGUGAAGCAACAGACGAGGACGUUGGUGACACCUUAAAGCCAGCAGCUUUCCAGCCACUAAAACAAAGCAAAAGACUGCAGUUAAAAAGAAAAGCUUUAAAGGAAAAUGACUCCGCAACAGCUAAGAGGCAAAGAAAAAAAUACCCCAACAAUAAGACGUGUCCGGUGUGCAAUAAGACUUUCCUUCGAGCUGCAGCCAUGAGACGACACCAGGAAAUUCAUUCUGCAAAUCGGGAUCUCAGGUACAAGUGCACCAACUGUGACAAACGAUUCAGGGACCACUACGACAUGAACCGACACAACAUGCGCGUUCAUGAAAAGGAAGAGAUGAGCAGCAACACUAAAGAAGAAGAGUCGGGGGAUCCUAGCACCUCUGAGAUGUCAGAAAACAAAAACUGCUCUCUGUGUGGGAAGUAUUUUGCCCGCAGAGUCGACAUGGAGCGACACAUGAAGUCCCACUCGGAGGACCGACCUUAUAAAUGCUCCUUCUGCGAGAAGAAAUUCAAGAAUCCUUAUGUCUUAAAGAGACAUCAGAAGGAGAUUUGUAAGAGCAGAGAGCUGAAAAAGCCAAAGAGGAGAGAGACACAGCGAUCAAAUCCACAGCCACCGUCAGAGGGGUCAGCAGAGGGCAAAGUCUGCCCCAUCUGCAGCAGGAUCUUACCUUGCACUGCAGACAUCGCGAAGCAUUUACGGUCUCACUCAGAAGAGCGUCCUUUUAUCUGUGUCACUUGCGAGAAAGGAUUCAAGUACAAGGACACGUUGAAGAAGCAUCAGAUCAUUCACGGUCACGAGGGGAUCAGAGAGGAACAGAGCAAGACAGUGGAGCAGAUUUUGGCUGAAGCAGACCCUCAGAAUUGUGACGAUGCGAGCAUUGAUAAAAAAGAAAGUCCAGAUUUACCUACAGACGCUUCAGAGGAGUGUCCAUCUGCACCCGUGAAAAAAGUCGGCAAAAAAGCCCUGAAAGUGUGCCCUGUCUGUUCUCGGGCGUUCGACAGUGUCAAAACGCUGAACAGGCACAUACAGUGUCACACGGAUGAUCGGCCGUAUCAUUGCGUCCACUGCAAGAAGCGUUUUAAACACAUGCACGGGCUGAAAAGACAUCAGAUUUACGCCAUUUGUCACAAGAAAAUCAGCCGAUUCUUAUGGAAGAAGGAGCAGAGAGCGGGGCCCAGCCAAAGUGAAGCAGCCGGCUCUGACCCCCAACAGGGGCCACUGCUGAAGAUACCCGUGUGGUGUUCAAACUGUGGCAAGCACUUUGAGUACCUGUCCGCUUUGAAGGAGCACCAGGAGAACAUAUGCAAAGUGGAUGUGAGGGAAAUCAUGAAAUGUGACGACUGCGGGAAAGAAUUCAAGAGCAUGACCAUGCUCAAAGUGCACCAGAGGAUCCACGACCCGCUGUACUGCAAAGAGUGCGGGAAGAUACUCGCAAACGAGCCUGCUUUCGAGAGGCACAAACUGAUGCACAGGCCGAUGCAGUGCACAAUGUGCAACAAGACUUUUACCUUGCUGAGGCGCCUGAGGGAACACUACGAGAAGCAGCACAACUUCAUCGGCCCGUAUCCCUGCGCACAAUGUGACAAAACCUUCAUCCAGCUGUCCUACCUCGCCAUCCACCAGAGAAUCCACAAAGGAGAGUUCCCUUACAUUUGUAGCUUGUGUCCAGAGAAGUUCAGGUCCUCCAACUGUCUGACGGUGCACCAGAGGAAACACACCGGGGAGAAGCCCUUCCUGUGCUGGCAGUGUGGAAAGUGUUACCGCUCCGCCUCAGAGCUCACCGUCCACAUGGGGACCCACUCGGAGGAGAGGCCCUGGGCCUGCACGCAGUGCGACAUGGCUUAUCGCACGAAGCUGCAGCUGACGAACCACGUCGAACAAAUCCACAUGGGCGUCCGGUAUCCCUGCAACAGCUGCGGGAAGCAGUUCAUGAAAGAGACGUCCCUGAAGAGGCACGAGCUGAUCCACACAGGCGAGAGGCCUCACCAGUGCACAGUCUGCGGCAAGACCUUCCUGACCGCCAACGAGCUCCGACUGCACAACAGGUAUCACACGGGGGAGCGCCCGUACAAGUGCGAAGUGUGCGGCAAAGCCUUCAUCCAGUCGGGAUAUUUGAAGUCGCACAUGCGCAUCCACACAGGAGAGAAGCCGUUUAAAUGUGACAUAUGUGAUAAAGGCUUCAGGCUGUCGUAUCACAUGAAGAAACACAGGCGGACUCACGCCGGGAAGCCAAAGAGCUACAUAUGUGAGGAGUGUGGGUUAGCAUUCCUCCAGAAAAAAGCGCUUUGGGAACACUCGCUCACUCACAACGUGAAAAUCGAACCGUCAUUCACUAAUGAAGUGAGGAUAGAAUUUCAAUAGAAAUCCUUCUAUUUUCACGCAGGUGAUUUUCUUUUACACAAUGAGGUUUCCAUUGUGUCACCAAAAAAAAAAACACAAUCAAUCUCGCCCUUUGUUAUUUGAUUUUGACCAAUUUGUAAGCUUUCGUUCCCCCUUGUUCCUUCUCUGUGUUGAUCCACAUGUUGAUUGAUAAGGCAUGUAUAUAAUUUCUGCUUACAGUUCUUUUUGAAAUAAAUCAACAUUGAGUGAC